UCAGCGAACUCGUCGCUUCUGUCAACGCCACUGAAGAGUUACGCCACAAAUCGAGCUCUCAUGGCGAAACCUGUCGCCUACACGAAAACCACCGAAGAUGGUGACAUUCUUCUUAAUAUGGUGGAGCCAUCUUUCCACUCCAAACAGACAGAGACGAAGGGAUUGUAUUUGGACGACGCAGGAUCGAGAAAGAAAAUCGACUACGUCCUUGUAUACGAGCGUUGCGAGGAGAAAGAAAAUAACGAUGAAGAAGCCAAGGAAGAAGCCAAUAAACGUGAGGAAAUGAGGAGGGCAUAUGAAGAAAGUCUUGCAAACGCUGGGUUAAUCCUAGAACGGUCAGAGUGUAUAUCAUCUCAGGAUCCUGAAGUCAAGCGACACUUUGUCCUUAUUCAUGCUCCGUGGCCCGUAUUGGCUAAAAAAGCGGAGGCGAUGCGUCUCAAAGUUCCAUUUCAAGAAAACGACAUUGUGUUCAAAUCAUGGAUGGAGAAGACAAUCGGAAGCGAAAGAAUGCAGUCACUGCGUCGGAGAAAUCCCUUGAUUGUGCAGGAUUCUACUUUGGAAGAAAAAAGCAGCUUCUUCAUGGCUAACUUCAAGGAAGCUGAAGUUACAAAGUUUGUCAAUCACCACAACAAGGCGGAGUUCUUCGACAACAUUGACCGCAUAUACAUUGUGCAGCAAAUUUGCUUCAAUGCUCGCUUUGCAGAAGGUCGACAUGGUGUUGGGCUCAGAAGAAUGAUUUAUGAAGGUGCAUAUGUGGCAGGAUACCCACUUCAUGAUGGUCCCGUUGCUCUUGAAUCCGAUGAGGAGCCUUCAAAUGAUCGACAGCGAUUGCAUCGAGACUGGGCCAGAUUUGGAAGGUUUUAUAAAUUCCAGCCGUAUGGAGCAAUCAAGGAUUACUUUGGCAGUGAAAUCGCCCUGUACUUUUCUUGGCUUGGAUUUUACACGGCAAUGUUAGUACCUCUCGCCAUCGUUGGUCUUGUUGUGUUUCUGUAUGGAAUUGUCUCCGCGGGCUCUCACAUUCCAGUCAAAGAUGUCUGCGAUAAGGGAAACCAAAACAAAUGGUAUAUGUGCCCAUUGUGCGACAGGCAGUGUAGCUACUGGGAUCUAGCUUCGUCCACCUGCCUCUAUGCCUACGUCACACAUUUCUUUGACAAUGAUUGGACAGUGGGCUUAGCUCUCAUCGCGUCUGUCUGGGCGACGUUGUUCCUUGAGUUCUGGAAGCGUCGGCAGGCUAGUCUUGCUCAAGAGUGGCACACAGAUGACUUUGAAGAAGAAGAGGAACCUCUUCGUCCUGAGUACUCUUCAACCGUAACUACCCUCAAGAAAAAUGAAGCCACUGGAAAGAUGGAACCGUACGUACCCAAGUUAACUCUAUAUAGGCGGUAUGGUGGGGUUUUCAGCAUUAUUAUCUUCAUGAUUUUCCUCGUCAUCGCUGCUGUGGUUGGUGUAGUCGUUUAUCGAGCUGCAGUUUUUGCUUCCUUAAGUGGAAACAAAGACAAAAAAAUCCAAACACGUGCCAGGAUUAUUACCUCAGCAACUGCAGCUCUCCUCAAUCUUCUCGCAAUCAACCUCUUGAAGUUCGCUUACAGCAAAUUGGCCGUCUGGUUGACUGACUGGGAGAACCCACCUACGCGCACCGACUACGAAGACAGCUUUACUUGGAAAAUGUACUUAUUCCAAUUUGUGAAUACAUAUGCUUCAAUCUUUUACAUCGCCUUUUUCAAGUCAGGGCUGGUGGUUGGAACCCCUGGCAGGUACAAGCGCAUAGGCGGUCGAUUCCGAUUGGAUGGCUGCAGCGAACAAGGAUGCUUCUUAGAGCUUUGUGUCCAGCUUCUCAUCAUCAUGGUCGGGCAGCAGAUUAUUGGCAACGUCACUGAAGUUGUUAUACCAUAUGUCAUGUACUGGUUGAAGAGGCGCAAAGAAACUGACAAAGACCAACCACAGUACCAGCUUGACUUUGAUCUGAGUCCUCAAGGAGACCACUACAUGUUUUGGGAGUAUCUCGAAGUUGUUUUACAGUAUGGAUUUGUGACCAUGUUCGUGGCUGCAUUCCCUCUUGGUCCUUUCUUUGCCCUCCUUACUGCUAUAGCUGAAAUCCGUGUAGACGCCAUCAACUUUGUAUCGCAGUUUAGGAGGCCAGACGCUGCACGUGCUGAAGAUAUCGGAGCCUGGUUCCGAAUCCUUGAGGGUGUGACAAAAAUUUCAGUCCUGGUAAAUGCCUUUGUGCUGGCCUUUACAUCAGAGUACAUCCCAAAGCUUCUUUACAAAAUGAAGUAUGCUCCAGACCGCAACUCUACAGGAGGAGGUACGUUGGAUGGAUACAUAGAGAACUCUUUGGCGUCUAUUGAUGUCUCCUACCUGUUCGAGCAAGAACCUGGAACAGAACCAGAAAAUAUUUAUGAAAAUCUUCGUUAUCAUAAUAGCAGUUGCAGAUAUCAUGGCUAUUUUGCAUCGACUCCACCUUACAAACAGAACAAGCAAUACUGGCACGUGAUAGCUGCGCGCCUCGCUUUCGUGUUUGUGUUCCAGUUCUCUGUGUACCUCAUCACAAGUUUCAUCGCCUACAUGGUACCUGAUGUUCCAAAGGAUCUGGAUUUGAAGGCCAAACGAGAACAGCAUUUGACGAAGUUGGCGUUUAGAAAGAAGUAUGAUAUUGAUGAAAGCAAUGGUGACCAUCACGUACCCCCGGAUAAUGAGAUGCUGUAAUGAGAUCAAUAUUUGACAUAAUUUCAAAACAACUGUAGAAGUAGACUACAUAACUGACCAUUACGAGCCACAAAUAUAAAAGGGAAAUUUCAGAUCUUAAAAAAUUAUUCUUUCAGCUAAAUGAGGAAUACACGAAAAUUUUUCGCAUUGUCGCCAUUUCAAAUGCCCAUUUUUCAAUUGUUUCCAAGGGCUUUGAAUUUUUCUACGUAGUUAAACCUUUUCAUAUUAGUUGGCUCAUAGCUUAGAGAAAAUUUACUUGCGUGCAAUGUGUUCUGAACAUGUAGGAAUAUCUUGUACUUUACAAUUUCCUUUUGGUAAAAGGUUGAAUUAUUUUUAUAUAAUAAGCAAUUUUCGCGGUUUUGACCCUUCUAAAUUUUGAGACGUAAGAAUGUUCAUUUCAUGUUCUAUUGUAUUUCAGAGCAAGUACCAUAUCUCAAACUAAUUCGAUAUUUUCGAAUCUUGCAUUUAUAUUUUGGCUCUCCGUGCUGAUUAUUCCCAGCAGUUUCAACAUACUCAACUCCCUGUUAUAUAAACAGUGGUUUAGUUGAGAAACCGUUACUGAUAACCUUAAUCUAGAAAAGUGUUUGAUUAUUUCGCUUGGUGCUCUAGAGUUAAAUGUUAAGAACGAAAAGCAUCAUUGGUUGUAAAGUGUUUUUUUUUCUCUGUAAAAGACCCAGCGUGAGAUUGCAAUAAACUACAAUUGAAUCUUCAA